AGGGGUGAUCAAAGAGGAACCAUACCGGGGUCCAAUUGGAUGAUGCCAUAUCCAUCCAUGCAGGGAGGGCAACCGCAGCAAGGACAGCUCAUAUGCAGCGGGUGCCGCACCCUGCUCGUGUAUCCUCAAGGGGCCAGUAAUGUACGCUGCGCGCUUUGCAGUUCUGUAACGCAAGUGCCGUCCCACGGUACAGAGAUGGCUCAACUGGUUUGUGGCGGAUGCCGGACUCUUCUGAUGUACAUGCGCGGCGCCACCAGCGUGCAGUGCUCUUGCUGCCACACCGUGAACCUGGCGAUGGAAGCCCCCCAGGUGGCUCAUAUCAAUUGUGGCGGGUGCGGGAUGACGCUGAUGUACGCAUAUGGCGCACAGAGUGUGAAAUGCGCACUGUGCCAGUUUGUAACAACCAUCACGAUGCCGAGCAUGCGGGUCCAGCUGCCAUCGAUAUCGCAGCAGCCAAGGCCUCCGCAAGCCCAUGGCGGGCCACCUCCUGCUCUCACAUCGUCUCACACGCAAACCGUGGUGGUGGAGAACCCCAUGACGAUGGACGAGAGUGGGAAGCUGGUGAGCAAUGUGGCUGUGGGCGUGUCCACUGAUCGGAGGUAACGAUGCUAGCUGGCGAUUGUUUAGUUGCAUGUUUGCAGUGGUGAUUGGCUUGUGAUCGGUACCAGGUACAAAGUGUAGGAUAGGGCAGGCAAGCAACACAAGGCGGGGAGAUAAUCGAUGGCGAACCUGAUCAUACGAUGAAUGGUGUUCAGGGUGGUGACUCAAACCACUUUGAAUAAGGAGGUUAUGGUGAUGAUGAUGAUGAUGGGAAGGACAUUGAAGGCAGCGGCGAAUUUAGAGCAGGAAACCUCUUUGGGAUGGCGCCGCUGGGUGUUUCACACCUUCGAUUUUUAAUCAGUGGACAUUAUGCACGAGUUCUUUGCGUGACUUUACGGUGUUUAACUGGGACUACUAGCCUGCCACUUUGUUCUUGAGAGAUUAUGGGUGUUUUGAGGUUUUUGUUUUACCGACUUAGUUUUAAUUUAUUUUAUAGUUUUGAUGCAUGUGUUGGUCCUUUGUCUACGUUUAGAUCUUAAUUCUUAUUUAGCUUUCAGUCACCUGCAAUACCUGGUUAGUGAUUCAUUCAAGCUUGUCUCAGACUUUCGCAUGUGUAAUGCGAAAUAGCAUGAUGCGACUCGCUCCUUGCUAGACAUGCUUCCUAGUCGUUACGUAUGUAACUAUUCGUGAAUGAGGCUUUUGUAUGUUGUCAGAUCCAGGAAACUGGAAUGUAUUUAGGUAGAAUCGUUUCUUUGCUUUGUGCCUUCCAUUACCUCAUAUUGUAUUUCUUACAGGAAGUUUUCUAAUAUUUGUUUUUGAUUUUUGCUUUUAGGUUCUAAUUGGCAGUUUCAGGGUUCAACUCGACUGAUCUAACCAACUCUUUGUCUUUUGUGUAACUGAAGUCAUUGAGUGAUCUUUGUUAAAAGCUGACUUGUUGUAGGGGUGACAGUUGUUUCAGCAGGUGAUUAUUCUGCCCAAAAUUGUUUGAAGUUCAGUGAUUAGAUCUUGAUUUUGUAUGGCAAUUUUGGGGCCUCAUUGUCUUGCUGUUUUGUGAUGGUUGAUCGACAGAUUUUUAAUUAUGCUUAUAAAAUCGAUUAACAAGGGAACACAAAUUGUAACUA